AAGAAAACAAUGUAUGGCCCCUAGGGCACUGAAGCCCACCCUAGCCUGCACCCUCCCUGUUGUAACCAAUGGCACCAAUCUCGGUUCCUCUGCGGGAACUGCUCCCAGGCUUCAGCCAUGCACACAAGACAUCACCCCAGUGUCACCAGCUGUCACUACACCUGUGUCAGAGGUACUGCAGAACACUUUGCUGAGGUCCCCUGCAGAGACUAAAAGGGACACUACCUUCCCAUAAGCUGGCCAGUCCAGCUCAAAACAGAUGUUCUUAAAAGGCUGAGCACAGCUAAACACAGGACACAGGACUGCACAAUCCAGCUCUAGCAGAGACAUGACCCACCAGAUACCCCAACCAGGUGUGAACUGGGAAGCACCUUCCUGCCAGCCCUGCCAGUCAUACUGUUCUAAAGCAGGCAGGCAGGCAGGAGAGCCCUAGGGAAGCCAGGCCCCACACAGGUUGCUGAAGACUGCAAGGGGGCUGGUUGUGUCCCCCUCCCCACCACGGCCCCCAGCUGUCGCACUCACAAUGAGUUUCAGGUUUAAUUUUCCCAGUCUGGCGCAGUAGCAGGAAGCGACCCCCCCAUCACGUCCCCCAACCGCUGCCUGGUACACAGUGGCCCCAUUCAGCCCCCUUCAUCCGCCCACCACCUCGCCAGGACAAGGAGGCCCUUUCACUGCCUGCUCCCUGUCAUCCAGGGGACGCUGGGAUGGGGCUGCAGCCGACUCCGGAGCAGGCUGGCGUUUGCAGCACUGGAAGGGGACGUGCCACCACGGGAGGGGUCCCUGCUCAGACAGGAGGGGACCGUCGCAGGGCGCCGGGCAGCACGUGCUGCAGCAGGCAAUCUCCCACGGCGGGCACCAGCAUGGGCAGGAGAGUCCUCGCUGCGGGCUGGGGGAGGCAGCUGGGCACGCCGGGUGCCUGGGGAGCAGGCGUACCAGCAGAGCAAACGGCGGCUGGAAGACUUUUGGAUGCACAGAAGCAAACCAUCCCGGGACAGGAGGAGAGCAGGCAGACAUCGGGAGAUACCAGCAGCAGCGACCUAUGUCAUGUACUUCAAACGGGAGCAAAGGGAGCUCCUCCAGCUGGGGUCGGGUCACCAUCCCACUCUGAACUGUCUUGCAAUAUAGAUCCACCAUGGCACCGGCUGCCAGAAAGAGCCCCUGGGGCAGACAAAACUGAAGGAACCGUAUCAGGGCAGAGUUUGCUGCACACACAGCGCUUCCAGCACAGGAAUGAUCCAACCCAGAAGCUGCAAGGCAAGCAGCCCUACGUGUCCGCUCAGUGCCAGGCAUUGCUGAAUAAGGACAAGAAGGAGGACCGGGCCUUUCCGCCCAUUCGCAGCUCACGGCUUCUCCUCCACAGCCUUGCAGCCGUUGGGACUCUCAAGUACCUCUGGAUUUACUCUGGGUGGGGAGUCCAUUCCACCCUCCCCAUGAAACACAGUCCACUUGCCCUAGGGAGCACCAGCAGCCGCAGAACACUGCAGGUCACUGAGGGCACAUGGGGGCCCACUCAGCUCCAGGAUCUCUUUCAUUUUCUAAAACAAAGCAGCCUGUUUUCGUCAGAAAGCGGUUUGGCAGCAGCCCACCUCCCUGAGAUACUAAACCAUCAUCCAAGCCUGGCUGCUUUUCAUAGGCCUUUUUACUCUUGAAUAGACCAAAACAAGCAAUAGGCAAAAGCGGUCACAUGGAUGGCAGUUUAAUGAAGAAGAUAUAAAAACUAGAAUCAGAGAGAAUGUGAUAGGAUGAGGAGAUACAAGAAGGAAAAAAAGAUGCAGAGUUAAGAAAGGAAAUCUUCCAUGCACAGAGGUAAAAAACCAGCCAUGAUGAUAAAAAACACAAAGUAUUCUGUUUUCUGUACCUGUACCUAUUCUGCAUUAGAAAUAGAUGUAUUUGAUUUCCUUUA